AAGCUUGAAGAAAGCAAAGAACUCUCUCUCUUGAGUCUUGAGCCUCUUCAUCCUCAAUCUUUCUCUUCUUAUGUCCUUGGGUGCAAGCAAUUUAAACUAAUUUUCUUUUCUUUCCCCCUACUGAAACUUAAAACUACCAAUUAUAACGCCACAUUCCAUUCUCAAGAUCAUAUCUCUUAUGUUGUCCAAAAAAAAAAAAAAAUCAUAUCUCUUAACCAAAAAAAUAAAAUAAAAAAUAAAUUUAGUCCCCCCUUCCUGCUUCAUCUUCAUCUACAUCUUCAUCUAUCCAAUUCAUUUCAGUCUCCAUCCCACCUAUAUAGUUCCCAAUUCACGCCACAGACAUCCCCCGCCCUCCUCGUUUCCCCCAUUUCUUUGAUUAUUAAAUUCCAUUUCAUUAUUAUUUAAUUAAUAAACCCAAUUCUAGAUUUCAAACAAGAGGGAAAGAGGAAGAAGAGGGCAUGAUUUGCAGAGGGAAGGAGAAAAAUAAUGAGCAUGCCCUCUCAAAUCUCGGUUCCCGUGCUUUCCCUGAGAUUUGGCAUCUGGGUUUUGCUCGAAUCGGUUCGUUGUGUCUUCUCCUUCAUCAAUUCUGAAUUGCCCAAUCUCAUUUCCGUUUUACCUUAUUGGGUCUUCGUUUUUCAGGUUUGGUUGAUUGAUCGCGUACUUGUUUCUUUCUUUUAGUAGCAUUCGGGGUAAGAUAUUGAAUAUCCCAUGUCUCAUUUCUUCGAUCGCUUUUGCUUGAUCUGAUCAUUCAUCGUUUUGAUGUGGUUCCCCCUUUUCUGGGUUUUGAUUGGAUCCAGGUAAAGUUUCAGAAUUUCGGCAAUACGAAAUAUAAAAAAAAUAUAUAUAUAUAUAUAAUUUAAAGAAAGGGAAGAUGCAAGCGUCAUCGGAGAAUGGGAAGCUAUUCAUCGGCGGGAUAUCGUGGGACACGAACGAAGACCGGCUCCGAGAUUACUUUGGGUCGUUCGGAGAGGUCGUGGAAGCCGUGAUAAUGAAGGAUCGAGCCACCGGUCGGGCCCGCGGAUUCGGUUUCGUGGUCUUCGCCGAUGGAGCUGUCGCUGAGCGAGUCACUCAGGAGAAACACAACAUCGAUGGAAGAAUGGUGGAGGCAAAGAAGGCUGUUCCAAAGGAUGAUCAGAACAUUCUGCACAGAACCACAAGUGGCAUUAUUCAAUAUGGUUCUCCAAGUCCAGGUCGAACCAGAAAAAUCUUUGUAGGAGGAUUAGCAUCCACAGUCACAGAAGCUGAUUUCCGUAACUACUUCGAGCAGUUUGGAACAAUCACAGAUGUGGUAGUUAUGUAUGAUCACAACACGCAGAGGCCAAGAGGGUUCGGGUUCAUAACAUACGAUUCGGAGGAAGCAGUUGACAAAGUCCUCCACUUGAAGACCUUCCAUGAACUCAAUGGGAAAAUGGUCGAGGUCAAGAGAGCAGUCCCCAAGGAGCUAUCUCCAGCUGGUCCAAGCCGUGGCACAUCUCCACUAAACAACUAUGGUCUUGGUAGGGUUAGUAGCAGCUUUCUUACUGGUUACAAUCAAGGAUAUAACCCAGGAACAGUUGGGUAUGGGCUUAGAAUGGACCACGGAGGAAGGUUCAGUCCUGUUGUUGCAAGUCGAAGUGGGUAUGGUCCCAAUUUUGGUUCUGGUUACGGGAUGGGUUUGAAUUUUGAGCCAGGUUUGAGUCAAGCUGCAUAUGGAGGGAGUGGUGGGAACUUUAACGGCGGGUUCAGGGGGAUGAUGAAUCAUCACCCUUAUUACAUCGAGAGCACAAAUAGAUUCAGUAAUCCAAUAGGGUAUGAUAAUGCAGGUAGUAAUAAUGGAGGAAAUACUUCUUUCUUCAGCUCGGUUACUAGGAACAUGUGGGGAAAUGGAGGGAUUACCAACUCUGCUGGUCUAGAUGAUGCUUAUGUGGGUCAUGGAAACACAUUUGGCAACCGAAGUAUAAAUUGGGGUGAUGAAGUCAACAACAAUGCACCCAACAAUAGUCUGAAUUUCUCAUAUGGCGGUGGAGAGAACAGCUUUAGCUUGGGGCCUUCUACAGGGGGCUAUGGAGGGGGAAGAAGCAGCAGUGGGAAUAACAGUGUGAUAAACCCUACUGCUUCAUCGGGUGGUGGGUUUGAUGGAGGAUUGAUAGCUGAUCAUCUCUACGUUGGAGGUGGUGGUGGUUCCGAAGAUUAUGGAGAACCCGCUUGGCGAGAUGGGGGGCUUCCACUUGGCAGUAAUAAUACAACUUCAGAUGUUGCAGUGAAAAGCCCUUCUCCUGGGUUUGUUGGUGGCUAUAGUGUUAAUAAAAGACAGACAACUAGAGGAAUCGCUACCUAGGUGGAUCAAGCUGUUGAAGCUGGUGGAAAUUACUGAGUAUUAGCACAGAUUUUCCCCUACAUUGAUAAGUAUAUUUACCAUGUUAGUUAAAGAAGGAUUUACCAUGGGGUUAUUCUGGAGAUGAACUGUGGAGUGCCCUGUCUCAAGAAGGAAGAGUUGGAAGUUUAAAAGCUUUAGGGAUAAUACAUAGAAGAAGAAGUUAUAAGGAAACUAUUAUGUUAUUGUUUUGAGUGCUUUCUAGGGGUUUUCAUCGUCAUUCUUAGCAUUGUUGGUUAAUGAGUGAAAUGUACAUCAGCUUGCGGCAGCCAUACAAAAAAAAAAAAAGAAGUAUUGCUUUCAUAGGUUUUCUUUUGUUCUUUAUCGUUGGGUUUCCGUUAAUGUCUCCUCUCUGUAGCAUACCUGGCAGGUUUGUGGAUUAUUGUCAGGUAUAUUUUCCUCUAUGCUGUAUUCCUUAUCCCCCUCGGAUUGUUUGUAUUGUUGAGCUUGGAGCUCUAGUGCAGCUAGAAAGUACAAAACUUGUCUGAAGGAUACCCAUCUAGGGUUCCUCAUUAAUAAAAAUAUUAUUAUUAC